ACGAUUGUGCAAUGAACGUCUCUUAAAUGAGUUCAUGGGGAAUCUUUAUCAAGGGGAUAAAGAGCUGUUCAAGCGUGGGUGUCAAAACAUACUUAGAAGUCUCAUAGGGAAAGUUGCUCAUUUGGGGUUAAAAGGCAUAACACAGGGGAUCUUGACUGGUGAAAAUAUCUUAGUUAUUGGCAACAAGGCUGAGAAUCUGGAGGUUGAGAUUUUGGAUACCCCACAAAAAUACAACCGGGCCUUGCCAAGCUAUCGUGGACAAUUUCGAACAUUGGCAUCAAAAAUGGUUGAUGCAUGGGAAGCUACUUGUCCCUUGGCGUCAAAGCAUUUUCUCAAAAUGCUAGAACAUUGCAUACCUUGGUUCUAUUUUAAGCAACUACAGUGGCAUCCCCUACUAUUAUCAUCUAAAGAAGUAGCCAUGUUUAUAUUACAUCUCUAUACACAUCUUGACGUUGAGAAAAAAGGUUGGAAAACAGAUUACAAAAGGCUUAUAGCGAAAGAAAAGGUUGACUUUGGUGAAAUCAUUUCUGGAACUUUUCGUGGUGCCUUUGCUUUCGCUGAGGUUUACAGUUAUGAACGAGUCGAAUACGACCCAGAUGCGCAAGGGGCACUCAUGUUUUUCAGACAUGCACUCGUUCAUGUUAAUGACUAUAUCUACGAGGACCUCGAGAAGAAAAAUGAGAAACCAGAGGAAAAUGCAGCAGACGCACCUUUGACACAAGAGGAAAUAGUGAAUACGUUCGCUGACUUCUUCCCAAAAGUGCCCCUAGAGUUAUUCAAUUACAUGCUUUAUAAACGCAUUGACAUAAAUGCUGUAAUUUGAGAGAGCUUCAAAUCCGGUAAACAUAUUAUUUUGUAUUCUCCGAAUUCAUACUCGAAUUCAUACUCUAGAUCCGAUGUCACAAACACACACAAUAGAGCUUCAACUUUUGGACCUGUAGACUGUUAAGAAAUCUAUCGGCUUAUGACUUUGUUCAGUUGAGUGGUUUACUGUAAUUUGCGUACUGCUCUUUCAUUUUCUAGUAAUUUAUAUCGUUUUUAGUUUUGGGUGUUGAAUUUCAUAUUGCGUUGCUUUAUUAUUAUUAUUUUUUUCUGAGUGAACAUGCAACUAAAAUACUGUAUUUUUUUUUUCUAAGUAAUUACUGUAUUAUUAUUGUAACAUGCAACUAAUUAACACAAUGAUUCUGCUAAAAUACUGUGUUAAAUAUAUAUAUAUAUAUAUAGAACAUUUUAACACGAAAUAGGGUGACUUGGA